GUUCAGCAUGGAUGCUAGACCGGCCUACGAGGGGACUCUUAACGAGUCCCAACUCUUUGCACAGGUUCCGAAUGAGAUUGCGGAACUCAUUCGUACGGCCUCCGGAACACAAUACUUGAAUGCGCUUGCGGUUGGCGCGUUGAGGCCGAGAUGCACAGAAGGCUUCUUUUGCCUAUACGAACCGAUCUUCGUGGAUCUGACCGCACGGUGGCUCCUGUCCGAGUCCCAGGUCGACCAGGUCGAUGUUAUUUCCGCAUUUUCACGAGUCCUACCGCUUGCGCCAUAUCUACGGUCUUUUGCAAGCCAAUAUGCCAUGUCUCGGGCUGGACCUCUGUCGGCUUUGGCUGCGUCCGACGAGCAGACGCUACUACAAAUGAACGAUGCUACAAUCCGCGCCCUGCUGUUAGCAAUCUUUAGACUUCUUUCUUACGACACCGAGGCUUUCUCGAAAGCCGUUUCGCCGUCACGCCUCCAGUCUCUCUUCCGACACCGAGACCCAUCCGUGUGUUAUCUGGCGAUUCGAUGCUUUGCCAUGUACAUGCGCGCAGCGGAUGCCGCUACAGAGGAUAUAAUUAGGGCGAAAUUCGCAGAUGACAUUAUUGAAGGUGAAUGGGAAGGCAUCACAAUUGAUUACCGCUGCCUCGGCCUGUGGGAAGAACGUCGGUGGAAUAUCUUGGAGAAGCAGGCCCAAGUCGCACGAUCGGCUAGGUCCCUGUCGGAAAGCCUGUCGCAAGUUGAGAUGCUGAGGGAAUACUUCACCGACAGAACCGCCGAGGUUUGUGGUGUCCUUAUUCCUCGGCAACAAGGCACGCAGCCUGCCCCGUCUUCCGUUGUUAGAACACCCACCGCCGUGGGUAACCUACGAAAGAUUGCCGCCGCCUUGAUCUCCCCAGAGCCUAUUCUACUGGUAGGCUUGCCAAACUCCGGGAAGACCACCUUGAUAAAUGAUGUUGCUGCGACGAUGGGCCAGUCCGAAUCUAUGGUCACAUUGCAUUUGAAUGAACAAACCGAUGCUAAAAGUCUUCUUGGGAUGUACUCCACUUCACCUGCCACAGGGUCCUUUUCGUGGCAGCCUGGUGUCUUGACCAAGGCUGCCAGAGAAGGUCGCUGGAUCUUGAUCGAAGAUCUGGACCGCGCCCCCUCCGAGGUUAUCGGUCUAAUCCUCCCCAUCAUUGAGCGGGGAGAGCUGACAAUAGCCAGCAGGAGAGAAAAAAUUAAGUGCGCCGAAGGGUUCAAGAUUAUUGCAACCAUGAAAUCGUCGUACAAUAUCGCCGGUGAAGAGAUAGCUCCAAGCACUACCGUGCUGGGAAGCAGGCUCUGGCAAAGAGUGCAAGUCGACUCUCUCACAAUAGACGAGAUUCAAGAGGUGAUCAGAAGCAAAUUUCCUCUGCUUGAAUCUCGGGUUCCUACCAUCAUGGAUGUCUACCAGAGACUUUGUUCCUCCUUCCACGGCAGCCUUGCAAUCAAAAGCUCUCAAGGACGGACACCAGGUCUCCGUGAUCUAAUCAAACUUUGCAGCCGCUUACAUAGAAGAUUGGAGCGACUCGGCGCAAAGACUGGCUACGAGCCUACUACAGAGGGCGCUGAGGAUGAAAUUUUCUUGGAUUUUGUCGAUAUCUUCUUGAAGUAUAUACCAGAAAAGAAUAUGGCGGACACCCUAGCUCUGGUUGUUGCGGAAGCUCUCCAGAUCUCCCCUCAGCGAGCACGAUUCUGCCUUCACGAGCGGACACCUUUGUAUUCUGAUCAAGGGAACAACAUUACCCUUGGGAGAGAAGUUUGCCGAAAGAUCAAGGUCGCUGGUGCUGUGCAGAUGGCUGAGCCUGUCCUCCUUGUCGGAGAAACUGGUAUCGGUAAAACGACCGUGAUCCAGCAGCUCGCCAAUCUUAUGCGUCAGAAGCUGACAGUUGUGAACUUGUCGCAACAGAGUGAGAGCACUGAUUUGUUGGGAGGCUUCAAACCCGUCAAUAUCCGGACAAUGGCUGUUCCUAUGCACGACGAGUUCGUUUCCUUGUUCGAGCUCACAUUCUCCGCAAAGAAGAACCAAAAAUUCUUGGUAUCCGUUGCGAAGAGUGUUGCCGCAGCAAACUGGGUUCGUCUAGUCAAUCUGUGGCAUGAGGCCGUUCGACUGGCCGAUGGUGUGUUCAAAUCGGGACAAGGUUCCACUGAAGGCGCAGAGGAGCAGCCCACAAAGAAGAGAAAACUGGAUUCGCCCAAGUAUCAGUUUCUCCGGCAGCGGUGGGAAAGAUUUGCGGCGCAGCUGAACGAUUUCGAGUCCCAGGUCUCUCAGGGGGAUGCUAAGUUCGCAUUUGCUUUUGUCCAGGGUAAAAUCGUCCGGGCUCUACGAAACGGCGAGUGGGUCUUGCUUGACGAAGUGAACCUGGCGUCGCCUGAUACGCUUGAGAAUAUUGCCAGUCUUCUGCAUCACGGUAGCGAGGGUUCUCCGUCCGUGCUGCUUUCUGAAGCUGGUGAUGUUGAACGCGUGUUUGGGCACCCCGACUUCCGCAUCUUUGGUGCGAUGAAUCCCGCAACAGACGCAGGAAAAAAGGACCUGCCCCCUGGUCUCCGGUCACGGUUCACUGAAUUCUACGUGCAAUCUCCGGAUAGUGAAUUGGACGAUUUGCUGUCCUUGAUUCAUAAGUACCUCGGUGACUUGGCGCUGAGCGAUUCCAGAGCCGUGCCAGAUCUUGCGCAACUCUACAUGGAGACGAAGAAGCUUAGCAACGAUAACAAACUGACGGAUGGUGCUGGACAACGUCCACACUUCAGCAUCAGAACUCUUGUCCGGGCACUCGUCUAUGUCACUGACCAUGCGCAUGUUUACGGUUUGCGGCGCGCAUUAUACGAAGGAUUCUCUAUGAGCUUUUUGACCGUUCUCAGUCAAGAGUCGGAGAGGCUGUUGAUGCCUCUGAUAGAGAGGCAUAUCUUUAGCAACGUAAAGAAUUCCAGAGCGCUUCUCGGUCAAACGCCCAGACCACCGGACGAUGGCAACGACUAUGUUCAGUUCAAGCAUUACUGGAUGCGUCGAGGCCAUUUGACUUCCGAAGAGCAGCCGCACUACAUUAUCACUCCCUUCAUAGAGAAGAACUUGAAGAACCUAGUCAGAGCAAGCUCCACGCGCCGAUUCCCAGUCUUGCUGCAGGGCCCGACGUCCGCCGGAAAAACAAGUAUGAUCGAGUACCUUGCUAAAGUGUCUGGGAAUAAGUUUGUUCGGAUCAACAACCACGAGCAUACCGACCUCCAAGAAUAUCUGGGAACGUAUGUUUCUGGCGACGAUGGGACUCUUCGCUACCAGGAAGGUGUCCUAGUCGAGGCACUCAGAAACGGAUAUUGGAUCGUCCUCGAUGAACUUAACUUAGCGCCUUCGGACGUUCUGGAAGCCAUGAACCGACUUCUAGAUGAUAACCGUGAGCUUUUUAUACCGGAGACACAGGAAGUAGUGCAUCCGCACCCCAGCUUCAUGCUCUUUGCGACCCAGAAUCCUGCUGGUCUUUACGGUGGCAGAAAGGUGUUGUCGCGCGCUUUCAGGAAUCGAUUCUUGGAGCUUCAUUUCGACGACAUACCAGAAAGCGAACUCGAAUUCAUUUUGAAAGAGCGUUCUCAGAUUGCGCCUUCUUUCUGCACUAGAAUUGUCUCGGUUUACCGGAAGCUGUCUCUGUUGCGUCAGUCAAAUCGACUGUUUGAACAAAAGAACAGCUUCGCUACAUUGCGUGAUCUCUUCCGAUGGGCUCUUCGACAGGCUGACGACCGUGAACAAUUGGCAAUCAAUGGAUUCAUGCUGCUUGCAGAGCGAGUGCGGAAUCCACAGGAAAGGGCCGCUGUCAAGGGUGUGAUUGAAGAGGUGAUGAAGGUUCGCAUCGACGAAGAUGUCAUAUAUAGCUCUUCGGCGAUGGAGAAACGUGCACCUCAUCUUUCGCAGUUAGCUCCAGGUAUUGUCUGGACACAGGCGAUGAGGAGACUUUUCGUACUCGUUUCAACUGCGCUUGAGAACAACGAGCCUGUUCUGCUCGUUGGCGAGACUGGUUGCGGAAAAACUCAGCUUUGUCAAGCUGUUGCAGAGAUCUGCAGAAAGCAACUGCUCAUUGUCAAUGCCCAUGUAAACUUGGAAACCGGAGAUCUUAUAGGUGCUCAAAGACCUGUAAGAAAUAGGGCGGCGAUUGAGGGUCAGUUGCUAAGUGACUUGCAAACUCUUAUUGGAGAAGAGAAUGCCGAGUCGAAGUCCCUUGAGGAAUUAAAGCAGGCUUUCGGCGCCAUCACCGCGGACCAGCUUCAAAUCCUAGACUCUGAACUCGUUUUGCGCAUCGAAAAGAACAUUGCGCGCUCAAAUGCUUUGUUCGAAUGGUCCGAUGGAAGUCUAAUCACGGCGAUGAAGACUGGCCAGUUCUUCCUUCUUGAUGAGAUUUCUCUCGCAGAUGACUCUGUUUUGGAAAGACUGAACAGUGUUCUGGAGCCCCAUCGGUCCAUUCUUCUUGCCGAAAAAGGGCCGAUCGAUUCUAUGGUCGUUGCCGACGAGGGCUUCCAGUUUCUCUCUACGAUGAAUCCUGGAGGAGACUAUGGAAAGCGCGAACUUUCUGCCGCUCUUCGAAACCGAAUGACCGAAAUAUGGGCGCCCCAGCUUUCAGAAGAUGAGGACAUCCUGCCGAUUCUCCAAAGCAAGCUUAAUGUGGGCAUGGAGAACAUCCCUCGGGGUAUGUUGCAGUUUGCAAAGUGGUUCAAGGGGGUGUUUCAAAACUCCACGACUUCGUCGCUCUCUCUCCGUGAUCUCCUUGCCUGGGUUGAAUUUGUCAAUAGGUGCCAAAACUCAGAUCCAUUGUUUGCGAUAGUUCAGGGUGCUGCGAUGGUGUUCAUAGACACACUUGGUGCGAACCCUGCGGCGAUGCUUGCAACAGCGCUGCACAACCUUGAAGGGAACCGUCAGCUGUGCCUGGACAAGAUCCAUGAGCUUUUCGAUGUUGACGCUUCGGCAAUCUAUCUCCAGAAGUCAACAGUCGACAUUGAAGGUUCCUCCCUGCGUGUCGGGCCUUUCCAUCUCCCAAUGAACAGCGAUUCGAUGCCGGAUCCUGAAUUCAUUAUGGAUGCACCUACUACCAUUGCCAACUCUGUCAGGAUUGCUCGAGGUUUACAGUUGCCAAAGCCAAUUCUGCUCGAGGGUAGCCCCGGUGUCGGCAAAACAACGCUCGUCACUGCAAUUGCGAGAGCCCUUGGGAAGCCCCUUACACGUAUCAAUCUUUCAGAGCAAACGGACCUCACGGAUCUCUUUGGUUCAGAUGUCCCUGUGGAAGGCGGCGACGUUGGCCAAUUCGCCUGGCGAGAUGCGCCAUUUUUGCAAGCAAUGCAACGUGGUGACUGGGUUCUACUAGAUGAAAUGAACUUGGCAUCCCAGUCGGUUCUCGAGGGUCUCAAUGCUUGCUUAGAUCACCGCCAGAUGGUGUAUGUCGCUGAGCUUGACCAAACAUUCAAAAGACAUCCCAACUUUGUUCUUUUCGCCGCGCAAAACCCACACCAUCAAGGUGGCGGCAGAAAGGGACUUCCCGCAUCUUUCGUCAACAGAUUCACCGUGGUUUAUGCCGACAGCUUCACGGAUACUGACUUGAAGAGAAUCUGCGCCAAGCUUUUCCCCGGUAGUUCCACCGAGCAGACUGAGGGCCUAGUUGAGUUUGUUUCUCUUCUCAACAAGGCUAUCCAGAACCGACGCUUAGGCGCUGUUGGCGGACCCUGGGAAGUCAACCUGCGAGAUAUCCAAAGAUGGCUCCAGUUGGCAGAUCGUGGAAGCUUGCAGAUACCCACCCAGAACUUCCUCGAGGUCGUCAUCUCCCAGAGAUUCAGGAGUGAGGAGGACCGUCAGUUGGUUUCUCGUCUGUAUAAGCAGGUCUUCAGCAACGCUUCGACACACGCCAAAAGCUACUACCACAACCUCACAUCAGACCACCUGCAGGUUGGACUGGGUAUCAUGCAAAGGGACAUGCUCUUGCAGGAGACAGCAGACCCGCAGAUGAGGAUAUUGCCAGGCGACGUUUCUAUUUUGGAGUCGCUCAUGCUUUGCAUAGAACAGGCGUGGCCGAGUAUCUUAGUCGGCCCGUCUGGAUGUGGCAAGACGACCCUAAUCAGAAAGCUCGCUGCCGUGAAUGGGGCAAGCCUAGUGGAAUUGGCUCUCAGCGCUGAUACUGAUACCAUGGACCUGGUUGGUGGGUUUGAACAGAUUGACUACAGAAGGGAAAUUUCGUCUCUUGUACACGAUAUUUCCCUGUUUCUCCGAAAGCACGUCAUUUCUGCCUAUGCAGGGGAAGAGACGAUGACCACGGCCCCGAUUUUCCUCCAGCUGUAUGAACAGUUGCAUUCCUCAGAUGUUCCGCUGGAUGCUAUCUGUUUAUCACUCCAAGCGCUGUGCCAAUCUUGUCCUCAGGCUGCACUUGAGAAGCUCUUCGACCGGACACAACGUUUGUUGAAGGUUACCCAGCAGUCUGAUAAUAUGAAAGUUGGAUUUGAAUGGACUGAGGGUGUCUUGACACGCGCCGUCCAGCAUGGGCAUUGGGUUGUCCUUGACAAUGCCAAUCUGUGCAACCCGUCCGUUCUUGACAGGUUGAACUCUCUUACAGAACCGAAUGGAACCCUCAUCCUCAACGAACAACGUACUGAGGAUGGCAAUGCCCGUGUCAUUAGGCCUCAUCCCAAUUUCAGGCUGUUCCUUACGAUGGACUCUCGUCAUGGUGAACUCUCUCGUGCGAUGCGUAAUCGAUGCGUCGAGAUAUGCUUAUUGCCGCAGGAAAACAAUGAUUUUGUUAGCCCAUCCAUGCCCGCUUAUACCUCACAGUCUUCUCUGUACCGUCUCAGGUCGGUUUGGGAACUCGAUCUUUCCGCGGGCAGCGAAGGAAUCACGGACAUCCUACAUGAGGUUUCCUUGGACCAUCUCUCGGUCGCCGACCUGUCAUAUCUGCAGCGAGCGUUGAGUCUGACGCCGCAGUAUGGUUCGAACGCGAGGGACUCUUUUGCUUCCGCGUUGGAUCGGUAUGUGUCCGCGAUACAUGAUAACUCUGCAUGCAAACCUUUCGAGAUUGCCAAAAAAGAAGUCGUGGUAGGCCAUGCUUCUUUUUCCAUGCAGGGAACCUUGCAGCCUAUUCAUCCUCUAGUCAACGAGCCAUUGGCUUCAAUCUUGCAUCAAGACGUACCUCUAGCGUGGCUCAUGGUUUUGGCGCACUUACAGGAGUACAAGCUUGAUUUGCAUCGUUUAAGGCAGGGCUUAUUGCGAGCGGAUGAAUCAGGAAAAUUGCUCAAGCCAAGCCAGAUGAGUCGGUUAGAGCGGUCUUUGGCUUCAGGAAGAAUACCCUCUUUGAUGAAGGAUGCAACACAGCCAGUGGCCUCAUUCCUGUCUGAUUGUGGCCAAGCAGUGUACGACUUCAUCCAGAGUCUGGGUCAUGAUGCCCUCCAGACCCCGGACAUCGUGCGCGCCCUUCGAGCUAUUGUCGACUUCACCACCGAUGUUUUCAAAUUGACGGCAGCAACUGAAGUGGAUCAGGGCGAAUUCCAGAUUUACCUCCAAGUUGGCAAGGAGCUGUGCGCUUCGCUCUUUGAAUCCUGGGCCCCAUUAAAGCAACUGGCUUUUGCUCUGUCUCAAGCUCUUAGUCGGUUCCAAGAAAACUGGGCAUUGACGACAGGACUGAGCAUGCAAAGACUUUGGGAAUCAUGGAGACCCGCGACUCCUUCGACUCAAGACCAGUUGAGAUCCCUGUUAGAAUUGGAGAGCAUCGCGUCUGAUUUCACACAAAUUGCCACGAAGACUCACCUGGGUCUGUCUCAAUUGAGUCAGGUGCGCGAUUCUCUGAUUGGCGGUCAAGAAGCUAUCCUUCUGAGUGGCGCUGAUGAAGGAUAUCCCAUUCAAGGCCUGCGACAAACAGUUGCAGAAUUGGCAGCCGCCGUGCAUGACGCUGAUUCGACACCGCGCCCUUACUUUUCGGCCGAAUUCGAGGCUUUGUGUCAGUACCAUGACAUAUCUUCUCUAGUCAAGGGCCAAACCUGCGGCGACGAGGUCAUUCGGGCAAUCCUGCCAUUGCUUGCCGGUCGUGUCGCCCGACCUUUGGAUGGGUCGAGCCUGCAGAGCCAAAUCCCCAAUAUCCUCCAUAAGCUUUCUCUGUUUUCGGGCACCGAGCAUUCGUCAGUGCUCGGCUCCGCUAUUAGUGGCACUGUAUCGCUAUCGCUCUUGAAGAGAUUGACUUUCAUCGGCUCUACGAGCUUGGGCCAGAUGGAUUCCCUCGAGGUUGAAAAGAAGAUGCUUUCCAAAGCAUUGACUCUAACGAGCCGGGAUAUUGGUAUGGAUCAACUUAUGGUCCUUCGGAAGCUCAUGGCGAAGCUUACACUGGAGCUUGCCAUCCUCCACGGAGACUUUUUUGAGUCACAAUCACUGGAGCAGCUGGUUAAUGUUCUGCGUAUUAUCGAAGAGAAAGGAUUGUACGAUGGCCCGACGCUGCCAGAAAUCCGUCUGUCAACGAGCUUGCCCGGAGAUCAUUACUUCAAGAAGUUCGCGAAAGAGUAUCUCCCAAGACUCAUUUCUUCGCUGGCAGUUGAUAUGCAGCAGAGGGCAACCCCCAUGGAAACCACUGGAGCAGCAAUUGUUCAGCUGGCUGUCAUCUUCCUGCGGCUAUUUGUCCCAGACAAGCCAUUCGAUCCGUCUUUGGGCCUCGUUGUACGGAGAAAGAGACACGCGCAACGUUCAUUGGAGCUUACAGAAAAGUCCGACGCCAUAUCUUCCUUUGAGGUUGGGUUUUCUGGUCAGUCGUCUAGCGUACGUCUUGAAAUGCUGCAGAAAGAGUUGCACGAUCUUGGCUCAGCUCCUCCCCCUUCGUCUGUCACCAGACCGACAAUUUCGGAGACCAAUAUUCUUCACGGAGAGUUUUCAAGUCUGGUGAAGUCGGUCCUUGAUCGGCGCCCUGAAGAGAUUGUGGUUGCAGCAAGCGAAGGCAACGCAGAGUCGCAGCGAAUGAUUGACCUGCUCCGUGAUAACGCUCGUCAGCUCAGCCAUCGUCUCAGUGCAAACUAUCGGUCUUACGACGACAUCACGACACCUGUUGUCCGUUUCCUCCAGAUCCUCGACUUGGGACUUUACCUUUCUUCCAGCCAAUCUCGCCAGUCAAGCGGCAAACAAUUACUCAACGCUAUCAGGGAGACCACGCCAUUCCUUGGAGGACUCAUCCAUCCCAUUGUUGGAGCCAGCAGGCAAAGAUCGGAGACCGGAUCAGUCCGCGAUACCGAUUUGUGGUUCCACGAACUGUCUACCCUGCAAUUAGCAGAGAAUGCCGAUCAGGGAAUCAUCCACACUCAGGCUGGGCGGGAGACCCUUCGCCACUUGUUCGAACAAUUCCACGUUCUGUGGAAAGCCAAGCUGCGGGAAGACCAAGAGGAAGAAGCUCGAAAGUCAGAACUAUACCAUUACAAGGGCUCCUGGGAGGAUAGCGAAGAAGUUGACGAAAACGAGCUCCGCGAGCUUUUCCCCACUUACGAAGAUGACGCUGCCGAAGAGGAAGAAGAGGAAGGUAAAACGCCUGGUCGCUUUGAUCCCAAGGCAAUCUCCGUCCGACUCCGAUCACUGCAUGCCAAACUCUUCCAGUCUGAACACCGCGAGGAGGCGUUGUCAAGCUACGUCAAGCAGGCCUCCCUGUUGCUGGGUUCGACAUGGUCGGAGAAAAAUAAUUCUGUGUCGGAUGCUGAUCCAAAUGGCCAGCUUUCCGGUAUUCUCUUGCUUCUGGAAGACUCUCUCAAAGUAGGCGACACUCCCACUGCAGACAAAUACAACUUCUAUGUGGACGCCAACCUAGGUGAAGCGAAGAAGCUUGUCACUUUGACCCUGUCUACGAGGGCUCGGUUUGCCCAAAUCCAGAAGUCCUGGCCGGACCACGCAGUGCUCGCGGAUGUCAUACUGUGCUGUGGAGAGAUUCUCAAGUUCAAGCACUCUGAGCCUGUCGCGAAGUUCAUCACUAAGCUUGAAAAACUCCAUGCUCUUGUCCAUGAAUGGCAGCUUGUAGCAAGCCGGGAGUUCUCGGCGGCUUCUUUGUACGACGAAAUCACAAGCUUGACUAUCAGUUGGCGGCGACUUGAGCUGACGACUUGGGCAAAGCUUCUGGAUAUUGAGAAUGACAAGUGCACUCAAGAUGUGAGCUCUUGGUGGUUCAUUGCGUACGAGGCUAUGAUUCGGGCUCCGCUCCAAAUCGCAGAAUCGGGCGAAAUGGAGCUGUCCGAACAUGUCCAGGAGAUCACUGCCACGCUGGAGCAAUUCUUCAACUCAUCAACUCUUGGCCAAUACAGUGAGCGCCUUCGACUUGUGAAGAACUUCCAGUCUCUGCUCUCGCUUUACGUCCAAGACUUCCCGUCUUUGAGUCUGCUUGUUUCUGCCCUCGACAACUUCCUUGUGCACUACAGACAGUUUGAGCCUUCUGUUCAGAAGCCGUUGGCCGAAAAACGAUCAGCUCUUGAGAAAGAUAUCAAGGAGCAGAUCCAGCUGGCUAGCUGGAAGGACACUAACAUUGUCGCGCUCAAAGCAAGUGCUCGGAAGUCUCACAACAAAUUGUUCAACCUUGUCCGCAAGUACCGAGCGGCAUUGGCACAACCCGCGCAGCCUAUCCUGGAACAGGAUAUGCCGGAUGACAACGAGGAUUCCAGUUCGACCCAGAACGAUGUUGUUCUGGCUUCCACCGUGUUCCCCGAAGCACUCGCCAUGUGUCAUAAGGAAGAGAAGGCUUGGGCCGACAGACCGCCUCGAUUCAAGAACCCGGAUGCCACCGCUAGCAGCAUGAUGCAGUUGUAUACCUCGAUCCCCCCUGAAUUUGAUAUUGCCGGAGAUCUCGAUGCGUUUGUCAAGUUUGUCAUCGAAAGUAUUCAGGAACUCAAGUCGCAGACACCGAAAACAUUGACCGAGGAGAACAAAGAGGAUGUUCAACAUCUCAAGGUCCAAAAGCGUCGUUUAUACGCGGAUACUUUGCGACAGCUGCUGGAGAUGGGUGUGAAGCGGAGCGCUAGUACCACCUUGAUUGAAACCCAAGCCUCUGUUGCGCAAAUUCUUGCGACCACCCCGGCAUUUGAAGCCGGCACGGCAGCAUCAGGCUUGGUCAGAAACUCUGACCUUUACUUCCACAGGCUCUUGGACUUGCUUCCACGUGUUCGCCUCGCAGCGCGCAACUACUCGGAGGACCUCAGCAACGUGGAAAUUUCCAGAAGUUCGGGAUCCAUCGAACACCUGCUAUCUCUCGCCCGGAAACAGAGGGCUUCAAUCUCCCCUGCGCUUUCUGAUCUAACAGCACUGCAAUCGACCCUUCUCACGGUUUCAAACCUAUGGACCUCCGACUCUUCUUCAUUCUUCAAGGCCCACCCAGAACUGCCGAAUGAGAGCCAGGAGAUAGCUAGGGCCGUGGCAUGGUUGGCACCUAUCCUUGGAGUCGCCGUCACAGUCAUUGGUUUGCACGCAAAGUUCUCUGGCAUUAACUCGACAAGCAUCUCCCAAAGUCUGCAGGCUUGGAAGGACACGUUCGAUCGUCUCAGGACGUCUCUGGGCAGCCUUCCCGAACUACCCCUUGGAGUUUCCUCGCAGUUGCACAAGAGAACACUCGAGGAGGCUUCUGCAUCCUUGGAGAAGUUGGGCGCCAAUCUCACAAACUGGGCCGAAGAGCGUCCGGAUCUAUCCUUUGUUCUAGGCCAGAUUGUUCCUUGGGCGAAGGUCAAUGCUAUGUCGUCUGACAUUGAACUUGACGAGGCUACCCUGUCCAUUGAAGAGUUCGAUGCCGGACUUGUUGCCACAGUCGACAGGAUUCUUGUCAGCCUUCAAAAGCUGAAGGACAUCCCCUCACUGCUUGCCUCUCCUGGCUCAUUGUCUCGUAGUGACGAGUUCUUCACCAAGGCUCUCAAGGCUCUCCAUAUCCCGGGUAUCAGAACUUCCCUCGAAUCUGUUCUUGAGAAGCUCCAGCAUCUCCAGACUCGUUCCACCCCGAGCAUGCCUUUUGCUAUUGCAUUCGUGGCGAGCUUGCUACCAAUCAUGAACAAGUAUCACCACAUUUGCAAAGACAUCGUGGAACGGUACCUGACUGUCCACCGCGAGGCAUGCAAAAUGACUUACAUACUCGCCAAGUCAUUCGGUCAAAUUGCAUCGGAAGGUUUCUGCACUCCAGGUGAAGCAUCUACGGAAGAAAGCAAGUCUGGAAAGCUCGAGAGCGGAACUGGAUUGGGAGAAGGAGAGGGAGCCGAAGACAUCAGCAAGGAUGUCGGGGAUGACGAGGACCUGACAGAGCUUGCUCAGGAGGAGAAGGGCGAGUCUAAAGAUGACAUUGAAAACUCGGAAGAUGCGGUGAACAUGGAUCAAGAGGAAAUGCAAGGCGAGGAGGGCGAGCGCAAGGAAGGGGAUGAUCAAGAUGAGGAAAGCGGAUCUGAGGAAGAGGAUGGUGAUAUGGACGAGGAGGUAGGCAGCGUUGAUGAUCUCGAUGCCUCGGCGGUCGAUGAGAAGAUGUGGGAUGGUGAACGCGAUGAGACGCAAAAGGAGACGGAAACGCAAGAAGGCAAGGGCGAGACUCAGUCUGACGAACAGACCGCAGCACCCGAGAAGGAAAAGGCCAAGGAAGGUGAAAACGCGGAGAAGGAUGAGAAUGCCGAGGAGGAGGAAGAUGAGGAGGGCGAAGAAAACCCCGACGAAGAAGGUGAAGCAGUGGGACGUGAGGAUAUGGACGUGACGGACCCUCAUGCAAAGGAGGAAGACGCCCUUGAGCUUCCAGAUGAGAUGCAGCUUGAUGGCGACGAGAAGGGCGAGGAGGAAGGUGGUGAGAGUGAUGAUGGUCUUGAUGACAUGGACGACCUUCCUCCUGCAGAGGAUGAUGAUCAGCAGAUGGAUGGAAAGGAUGCUCUCGAAGACGAUGCUAUGGAGCAAACUGGAGAGGAUCAGGAGCCCGAACAGACGGAGGAGGGCAUGCCGGAUGAGGAGGCAAUGGAGACUAACGAAGGCGAGGGCACCGAAGAAGCGAAUGAAGCUGGCGAGGAGGCAGAGGAAGAGGAAGAGCAGAAAGACGACUUCCUGACCCAGCGCGACGAGACUGAGGCGGCUGGAGAAGAAGUGGCCCCUAGCGAGGCUGUAAAUGGCGGACUAGGAGCCGAUCAAGACCAGAACCAAGAGAAGGGCGAGUCGGGCAAUGCACAGCAAGAGGAUGGCUCGAAAGAUCCUUCUGCCGACAAAGAACAACAGACCGGCGCAGCCCAAGAUGGAGACGAAAACCAAAGGCACCAGGAUGCCGGUGGCGCAAACGACGAUGCGGAUUCCCAAGAUCCUCAGUUACAAGCCUUCAAGAAGCUGGGCGAUGUUCUCGAACAAUGGCAUCGCCGACAGAAGGAGAUCAUGGAGGCUUCGAAACAGGAGGACGAGUCUCAGGAAACUAUGCCCCAGGACACGGACAUGGCGGAUGCCGACUUCGAACAUCUUGCGGACCAAGACGACGUGGCAGACACCCAAGCAUUAGGUCAGGCCAGCGAAGACCAAGCAAAGGCUCUCGAUCAGAAACAGGGUGUUGAGUCGGAUGUCAAACCUGAAGGCAAUGACAUGCUGCCUGAUGUUACUGACGACCGUGAGGAUGUUCCCGAAAACCAGCUGGAGGAUGAGAUGCAGUUGGACCAGGGCGUUCCUUCAGAAUCCCAGACGGCCGGAGCCAUGAUUCCCGGUAGCUCCCACACCCAGGAACGGACAACCGAUGCGGUUGGGCAGCAGGAGAUCAACGAGGAACUGGAUGAGGUCGACGCUCAUCUAGCAGCCAUCCAUCUAUCCUCCACUCUCCCUCCCCUCACGCCUCGCGACGAAGCCCAACGUCUCUGGUCAUACUACGAAUCCGCCACCACCGACCUGUCUCUCUCUCUGACCGAACAGCUACGCCUGAUCCUUGCGCCAACGCUCGCCACCAAGCUCCGGGGUGAUUUCCGUACGGGAAAGCGCCUCAAUAUCAAGCGCAUUAUCCCGUACAUCGCCUCCCAGUACAAGCGCGACAAGAUCUGGAUGCGCCGCUCUAUUCCCUCGAAGCGCAACUACCAGAUCAUGCUUGCUGUCGACGACAGUAAGUCCAUGCUGGAGAGUGGAAGUGGGCAGCUCGCAUUCGAGACCCUCGCCCUGGUCGCGAAGAGUCUCAGCAUGCUCGAAGUCGGAGACCUGUGCGUCCUCGGCUUCGGUAGUGAAGACCACGUCCGGGUCGCGCACGAAUUCGGCAAACCGUUCUCCUCGGAGGCUGGAACCCAAGUCUUCCAGCACUUCAGCUACCAGCAAACCGGCACCAACGUGCGCAAGCUGAUUGCGGAUUCCAUCGCCUUGUUCCGGGAAGCUCGCUGGAAGCAGUCGCCCGCAGGUGGCAACGCGGACCUCUGGCAACUGGAACUGAUCAUCUCCGAUGGUAUCUGCGAGGACCACGAGACUAUCCAGCGUCUUGUGCGACAGGCUCAGGAGGAGCGCAUCAUGAUCGUGUUCAUCAUCGUCGAUGCCGUCAAGGGCAGCUCUAUCAUGGACCUCAGUCAGGCCAGCUUCGAGCCUGAUGAGUCCGGCACGGGAGAGAUGAAGUUGAAGAUGAAGAAGUAUCUGGAAGGAUUCCCAUUCCCUUACUAUCUCGUUGUGCGUGAUGUUAGGGAGUUACCGGCUGUUUUGGCUACGGCGUUGAAACAAUGGUUUGCGGAGGUUGUUGAUGUAUCGUCUUAGACUAUUGUGGUCGGGACUAUGUGACACGUGGGAGAAAAGUUUGGAUUAGCAUUUUCUUUGAUUUUUUGUAUAUAGCAGCCUUGAGCCUUAAGUAUAGAUGGCUACAAAAGAA